AUGCUCAAAGUCACGGUGCCCUCGUGCUCCGCCUCGUCCUGCUCUUCGGUCACUGCCAGCGUGGCCCCGGGGGCCGGGAGCCUCGUCCCGGAUUACUGGAUCGAAGGUUCCAACAGGGAUGCCCUGAGCGAUUUCUUCGAGGUGGAGUCGGAGCUGGGACGGGGUGCUACCUCCAUUGUGUACAGAUGCAAACAGAAGGGGACCCAGAAGCCUUAUGCUCUCAAAGUGUUAAAGAAAACAGUGGACAAAAAAAUUGUGAGAACUGAGAUAGGAGUUCUUCUUCGCCUCUCACAUCCAAACAUUAUAAAACUUAAAGAGAUAUUUGAAACCCCUACAGAAAUCAGUCUGGUCCUAGAACUGGUCACGGGAGGAGAACUAUUUGACAGGAUUGUGGAGAAGGGAUAUUAUAGUGAACGAGAUGCUGCAGAUGCUGUUAAACAAAUCCUGGAGGCAGUUGCCUACCUACAUGAAAAUGGGAUUGUCCAUCGUGAUCUCAAACCAGAGAAUCUUCUCUAUGCAACUCCAGCCCCAGAUGCACCACUAAAAAUUGCUGAUUUUGGACUCUCUAAGAUUGUGGAACAUCAAGUACUCAUGAAGACAGUGUGUGGAACCCCAGGAUACUGCGCACCUGAAAUCCUUAGAGGCUGUGCCUAUGGACCUGAGGUGGACAUGUGGUCCGUGGGAAUAAUCACCUACAUCUUACUCUGUGGAUUUGAACCAUUUUACGAUGAAAGAGGUGAUCAGUUCAUGUUCAGGAGAAUUCUGAAUUGCGAAUACUACUUUAUCUCCCCCUGGUGGGAUGAAGUGUCUCUAAAUGCCAAGGACCUGGUCAGAAAAUUAAUUGUUUUGGAUCCUAAAAAACGGCUGACCACCUUCCAAGCUCUCCAGCACCCGUGGGUCACAGGCAAAGCAGCCAACUUUGUGCACAUGGAUACGGCCCAAAAGAAACUCCAGGAAUUCAAUGCCCGACGCAAACUUAAGGCAGCAGUGAAGGCCGUGGUGGCCUCUUCCCGGCUGGGAAGCGCCAGCAGCAGCCACGGCAGCAUCCAGGAGAGCCAGAAGGCCAGCCAGGAGCCAUCUCCCACCCAGGAUGGCAGUGAAGAUGUUAAAGCUAUUUCGGAAGGAGAGAAAGUUCAAGGAGGUGGGGCCCACGUGGCAGUCGAGGGGGCAGAGGCUGAGCUGAUGAAGGUACAGGCCGCAGGGGACGUUGAAGAUGCUGAUGGAAAUGCUGCCAAGGCCACCAACAUGGUGCCCAAGGCACUAGAGGAUGAGAUGAAGGUGGCUGAUGCAGAAAUAGAGGAGGGCUUAGUGGAGGAGAAGCUGAAGAGCGUGGAGGGAGCAGCAGCCCCCAAAGAAGGGCAAGAAAACCCAGCUCUGGGAUUUGGAGCUCCGCAGAAUGAUGUGAUCCUGCCAGAGUACUGAUGUGGCUUCUUUCCGAUCUGGAAGCCAAAUUCUGGCAUUUUAUGCAUUUUGUCCUUCAGCAAGGAAGGUGUGGAAGCAUGAGAAGCACUAUAGUGAUUCUGUUUUUUGAGGUGCAGAAAAAAAAUACAUUAUCAGUUGGUAAUCCUAAUUUCAUGCAUGUGAUUGCUUUAUGAAAAAAUAGUGUCUUGUAUGGUAUGUAAUGGAUACCUCAUGCCGAGGAGUUAAAUUUGAAAUUGCAAGUAAGUGCAAUGUAACUUUUAAAUACAUACAUGUUCAGGGACCAGUAGCACAGAUUGAAGUAACUAGUAACAAAUUGUUUUUGCUUUGAAAACCUUCUUAAGGCAGUGAUUCCUUUGGUUGAGUAGGCUGGAAGACAUCUUCGCAGGCAUUCGCAACACCGUACUUGUCCAUGUGCUCACACUGUCCGAUGUGCCCAAACUGUUUACAAGGACAUGGUCACAGGCUAUAGUUUUAUGAUAUGUACAAAAAAAAAAUCCCACAUAUAAUGGUAAGAUGUUGAAGCAUACUUAAGGGCCAUGAAACAAAAAUGCCGUUAAAGCUUGUCUGGCUAAUGCUUCCUUAUUUUGUCCUUAUUUAUACACACAAUAUUACUAAUAACCAAAAAUGUUCUACACAAAAUCCUGCCAUCAUACAGUCCUGGAGAAAGUAUUUUACCAACUUCUGCUGAGGGAGGUACUCUCCUUCCUUCCCCGCUAAUACAGUUUCUUUCUCACCGACAACACUUAAGGUAGGCUAACACAGUCAAGGGAAGAAAAGGACCUAAGGCCUGGACUUACACUAACAAAGGUUGACUGCUUGUCAUUUUCAGAUAAAAUUGGAUUUCUUUAUAAGUUUGUACAACUUUAAAGACCGUGACAUUUUUGUGGAUAAACUCUACAGUUAGCCAAGUUUCAAAUAUUUAGAAAAAUCUACCCCACACGCUGGUGCCAAAAUGUCUGAGUGAGAAUAAUAUUCCAUAUAAGAUCAUUCAUUAUUGGCUUUACUAGAUUAAGGAAACUUUUGUUUAUGAAAGUCCUUUUUUCCUUCAAUUGAUGGUUAUCUCGAUCUAUUGCUUAUGAACUAAAGAUGUUUCUGAAAAUCUGGUAUAUCUUUUUUUCAUACUUGGAAUAGAAGUGCCCAAACUUU